CCUACCUACUCCUCCUACCUAAUCCUACUCGUGUAGGUAGUUUAUAAAUUGAUCAAAGCGUUUUAUUUACAACGAAUUCGUAGACGAUUCUUUAAUAGAUUUAUCUAUAAUGAAUGGGAUUAUUCACAUUUAUUAACAAGCAACAAAAUUAUUCCGGAGAUGAGGGUCUCAAAGAUGGCCUAGUAGAUCGUAUCGUGCUCACGUGUUCAUCACGCAGAGUUUACUCUAUUGUUUGUGGCCAUAAUAAUUCACGCUAGAAUUAACGUCCUCACUCACAAAGUUACCAUCCAUCAUUCAAGCUUUCCCAACUAGACCCUCGUCCCUUCUCCGCCUUACUUCGAACAUCAAUAACCGUCCUACGCGACAUCAGGCUUGACAAUCUUGACAUCAAUGCGAUCCCUCUAAUCCUUUAAGCAAUCUUUAAUUGAAUAAUGUGUCCUGUUGACUUCAAUAAUACUAGUCCUACAAUUACAUCGAGAUCCCUUAAAGCCGGGGUGGCGCGGAUGGCACUUGUCAGACUCCCCAUGGCCGUAGGUUGAGUGACCCCGCCGUUUCAUAACAACCCGGAGGCUGGGGCUGGCAGCCAUGUGCUCUUAUUUUUCAGCAGUCCGCCGAAGGCAGCAGUCGGCGUCGAGCCGUCGCCGAAGCUAUACGAGUUCGUCCCGACCGCUCCGAGACAGCUCGUCGCGUAAAAAAGAUCGAGCGUUCGGGAAUUUCUCUAAUAUUCUCGGCGCGCGUGCCCUAGAAUUUCGCGUGGUUGAUAAUAAAGUUUUGCGUGAAUAAUUAAUAUUUGAUGGAUGAAGCUAGACUUGGCAAUAUAUCUUGCUAAAUUGCUGUAUUUUGGAGCCGUGUAAAUAAAACAUUUAUAAAUUUGAACAGUUUUCAAAGUGGAUUUUUUGAUAGGAUUGUUUGAAUGGUAACAAUAAAACAAUCGAGUUGAACAUUUGUGAUGUGUCGAAUGUUUUGACGGCGGUUUCCUCGGCGGUGACGACAGCGGAAGCCCUGACUGGACUGCAUAAUCGCCCGGUGGAAAUAGACUCCCGACAACGAUUCCUGAUGAUGUUCGUGUUAAUAAUCGGGCCAGCGAGAACAAUGCGAGCGCACUGAUACGAGCGCUUCCUGACCAGCUGCGACCCGGAUCGCCGACAAAAUGCCUUAUCACAGCACACUGCAGCCCCGGCCUCAGUUCUCGGACAGUUAUCAUCCGUGGGUGACCCCCGCGCUACCUAAGCAAGCUCAUUAAACAAAUUAUGAGGAAAUAGAAAUGGGUGAUGAACACCGUUCAUUUGUGGCGUCAAAGCGGUGCGGAAAUGACAUGUGAUUGAUGUGUGCUUAUUGGAAGUUAAAAUGGGUGAUUUGUCACCGAGUGCGUACGACAAUAAGGACGACAAUUUAACUCAGUUUAAGUUGGAUGACUACUCCGACGAGGCUCUGGCGAAGAUGGAGCUAUUCAAGGACUACCCGGAGGCCUUGUUGAGGUUCGCGUCGGUGUGCUGCGUCCUCUUCAUGCUGGUGGGGAUCCCGGGGAACCUCAUCACUAUCAUCGCCUUAGCGCGGUGUAAAAAGGUCCGGAACGCAACCGCGGUGUUUAUAAUGAACCUUUCUUGCUCCGACCUCCUCUUCUGCUGUUUCAACUUACCUCUAGCCGCGUCGACGUUUUGGCAGCGCUCCUGGGCGCACGGCAGGACACUCUGCCGCAUGUUCCCGUUGGCCAGAUACGCGCUGGUCGCGGUGUCGCUGUUCACCGUGUUGGCUAUUACCAUCAACAGAUAUGUCAUGAUAUCACAUCCGCGGCUCUAUCCCAAGCUGUAUAAAAGACAGUAUUUGGCAGUCAUGGUGGCCAGUACUUGGGCGUUCGCAUUUGGAGCGCUCAUAGCGACGUGGUUCGAAAAAUGGGGGCGUUUCGGCCUCGAUCUCAGCAUUGGCUCCUGUUCCAUACUUCCGGAUGACAACAAAAGAUCUCCAAAAGAGUUCCUCUUUGUCGGUGCGUUCAUGCUUCCUUGUCUCGCUAUAGUUAUUUGUUAUGCGAGGAUAUUCUGUAUAGUUCGAGAAGCAGCAAGAAAAUCAAGAGCACCGGCGCGGAGCCGGACUCGACCCGGAAGAGAAGACUCGGCUAUGGGCUCGGCGUCCACUGCGGUAGAAAGGUCGCCGGGCCCUGAAAAUGGAACUAACCACGCGCCGCCUCCGCGCAGAAAUCUUCUUGCUCCCCCAGUCUUACAUUGUCCACCGACUCCAGGCCCUGAGCGAUCCUCAUCCUCAGGCGUAGAUACCUUAGACGGGCACGACGAAGAAAGUGCACUAGACGCUAAGCGGACGCCAAGCGGAAGCGAGACUACUAAAAGACUGCGCCAAGCGGCCGCAGCUUUAAAACGAGCACCAGGACCCGUCCGUGCACCGCGUCUUACGCCAAAAGACAGGAAACUAUUAAAAAUGAUUAUGGCAAUUAUGCUCUCAUUCUGGGUCUGCUAUCUCCCGAUAACGCUGACGAAGAUAUUUCGCGAGUUCACUUCGUAUCCGCUGGCAAACAUUGCUGGGUAUAUUCUUAUCUAUUUGACGACGUGCAUCAACCCCAUUAUUUAUGUAGUAAUGUCCAGUGAGUAUCGGCAAGCCUACAAGAACCUGCUCAUGUGCCGCCGAAGGGCGUGACGGUCACCGGGAGAUGGCGUCGUGGAGAAGCAGCCACCGUGACUAGUCGUCGACGGGAGAACUCACUGUAUCUCCCUCAAACCGAUGAAUAAUAGUAUUUCUCAAAGAACUUCACUCUAAAUACUCUUGUCAGACUAUAUAAUGAGCGAGUACCUUACAAGUGAGUGUGAAGUGGAUUUUUUUACAAAAAUCGUUUUAAUUGCGAGCCGUCCGUGAUUGUGCUAGUGGAGGUGGAGUGAUUGUUGACACGUAGAAAUGAGACUUUCAUUGGUAUGAGUAAGUUAUUGAUGACAUAAUGAUUGAUAUUCAAAGUAUACAUAAAGUAGUCCUAAACUGUAAGUUAAUGUGCAAUCUCUUUGUAACCCGUAAUUUAUUACAUGACAUUAUAAUGUACAGGCAAGCUGCGAAUGAGUCGCAAUUGUUUCGUAUUUAACUUGUCCGGAUUUUAAUUGUGUUAAAUUUAGCUUUUAAAUAAUCAACGUAUGUAUAUUAUAGACGCUUAGCAAUAAAGGAGCAAGGAUACAAUAAUAUUAAAGAGCAAUAAAAUAUUGUAAUUUUGGAGAAGGCAUUGAAAGGCUAAGCAGUCUAUACCUAUUUAUAAAAUGAAAUAGUACAGUGUACAGUAAACAUCCUAUACAAAAUUAUAAGGUGCGAACACUCUAUUACGUUUUGGAAAACAAUGUAUUUUUCAGUAUUAAAGUUAUCUUUGGCUCAGCCGACUUCUACGUCCGACUUCUACGUUUUAGAGUAUUCUACUUUAUCGAGCUUUGUAAUAAGGAGUUUACAUUGCAUUGAGUUUUAGAGCAGAGCAAAAAUUUUAUUUUUGUAUCCGUAUGAUUCCACUUUUUAUUUAGACGCAUGAGACUCAAGUCCUCAUUGUUGUGGUUAAAGUAACAUUUUUUCUAAUUAAACUUUUACCGUUUAUCUAUAAAAUGGUGAUUGUUGUAAUAUUGUUGAUAUUUUUUUUUUACUAAAAUUAUAACAUUAAUUAAAUUGUAGCAUUAACGAUAAUAGUUACGUACAAAGUGUACAAUAUCAAUGUGUGAUAUUAUUGUAUUUAAGCGGGAUGUCAAAGACAUUGUAAUUCGAAACGAUGGUUAUUGAAUCGAAGACGGUGCUGUUUAACGAAAUAAAGAUAGGUUUUGUAGAAUUCAUUGAUAUUGGCCUAAAUUUGUUGAUUUAGAUUUUUAUCUUUUGAUCGCUAUACGUGAUUCAAUUUAAUAUUUGUGUCUGCGACCGCCAAAACGUCCUAUUUUUUUUCUUCCUUGGCAGGAUAUUCGUAAUUCGUAUAAAGGUACAAAUCGAAAUAUGCUUAUAGCAAGUGACAAAGUGGGACGUUUUGCCAGCCGUGGUCACAUUUAAGAUUAACGUUCUUACUAUUACAUGCAUUAGGUACUCAUGGAACUACGUUUUCCUCUAAAUUACUAAGAUUCUGAUAUGCCAAAAUAGGCAUAGUCUAAUGAAUUAUAAAUAAUGUGUAUUUUCUUUUUUCUCUUAUCAUCCCUAUUUUUAUUAACAUAUAGGUACAUGGUCACUCUAAUGGGCCACUAGAUUUGUUUCAAUGAAUGACACUAAAUGUAGGCAAAAUACUGUUUUUUCCAUUUCAUAACUAAAGCAAAAUGUGACGUAUGACCAAUGAUUAUGCAAAAGAAACAAAUAUUUUUACAAAACAAACCCUUGGUACUCCUUGUUAGUCAAUUAUGGAGUACACAAAAAUACAGACACUCAUUUAAUAUUUUUGUCGUACCCACUUGUAGUCACAUAAUAGCGGUUAAAAGAUUAAAAAUUGAAUGUUAAAAUAUUGUAAAAUCGGGUUCCUUUAGUAUCCACCGCAGCUAACGGAUGUUAGUCGUAACGUGUUUGACAAAUAUAAAUAGUCAACAUUUAUGGUCAGUGAGCGUACCUACAGUAAAAUGUUGGAGUCGUGCACGCACACCUCACGUAAGCGGUGUGCCGUCUCUUAAGGAUCAGGCCGCGUAACCAACGUUACAAUCGUUCACGCUCCGUAGCGUAUCGUAGCUAUCUCUCUCUAUCACUCUUUCAUAUUAGUGCGACUGUGACAGUUGCGUUUCGUUCGCCACGGAGCGUGAACGAUAUGCACGUUGGCUACGCGGCCUGUUUAUUACAAGCGCAUGUUCACGUGCACGUCUACGCACAUCCAGCGCGGACAGACUUUUAACUGUAAGCCCGUUUUUGUUGUAUUAUAUGUUGAGUGAGAAUAGCGAACGUAAAAAGUUAUUCUGAUGCAUUGCAUUCUGUUGCAUUUAUAUUAUAAAUCAAAGUGAACUCAAACCAUUCCAAAUAUAGGAUAUAGGAAUUAACUUUAAAACUUAAGUACGACUAGGCAACUUCCUCAGGUAACUGAAAUUGUAACUAAAAUUGGAAGUGAGUAUAUUAUUAUAAAGUGUUAAGGAGUGACAUUUAUACGAUACUUAUAAAGUUGUACGAGUAUACUUGUAUUUACCUCCUAAGACGUUUUUCCAAAGACUAUAUUUUUACUCAUGAUACCUAAACAAGGUUAGUUUGCCAGCUUGAAAUAUUUUAUUUGGUAAUAUUUUGAUUUAUUUGUUAAAUUACACUAAACAAUGACGUACGCGUGACAUUUAAUGGUUAUAUUAAUUAAUUAUUGUAAUACCUGAUGGAUAUAUUUAAAAUAACUAUAUUGUCUACAUAACCAAUUAAACUUUAUUCUUGAGAGACCCCGGCAAGCUCGGCCGAAUUUCACCUUCCCAUACAAACGGAGUCUCGUUCUCAUUUUAAAACUACGUAACAUGUUGGAUUGUAAUGAAACUUGCACAUACAAUAACAUAAGGCUAGGGCUGAAAUUAUUACUUCACCAUAUAAAACAAACGAUGAAGACUAAAACAAGUUUUGUAUGAAAAUCUUAAAUUCGCUAUCUAAACUAACAGCCCUAGGGCUAUUUGUUAGGUAUAUCAAGAUAUACCUUAACUAAUUGUAAGUACAAAGUUUCAGAGAAAUCUACGUAGUCGUUUUAAAAUGAAAGCGUAACUAGGUUUGUAUGGAGAACCGAGCUUGCUGGGGACCCUUAAGAGUUUUAAAAAUUCCAACGUUUUUAAGAUUAUUUUUUAUUUUUAUUUGUUUAUUUAUUUGUACCCAAGUAAACAUGGUUUUGAUAAAAUUACUGACUUGUUUGCAAACAAGCCACUGCCACUCGAAUGAAUAUUUUUGAAGCGCAAAUAUGUACUGCCAUAUCUCUGAAGGCCAUAUUUGUUGUAACUUCAUGCGGGCCUAAUUUACGUUAACAUUAUCAUGAAGUGUUUUGAUAUUCGCAAAUUAUACAAGUACUUAAAGCGACUGUGUUGUGGAAUGUUAGUUUUUGGGCCCAUAUAGGCUUAAACGCAUCGAAAAAAAUAGGAAUUAAAUAAAUUUAAUACAAUAACAAUAAAAAAAAUCUGUUCUAAAACUGAUUUAAAAAAGCUGGCGUCGAUCAUCUAUGAUAAUGUUGACGUACUCGUAUUAAAUUUAAGGUCGUUGAGGAUAUCAGUCUCCUUAAUAAUUGAGAGUCGACGAAAUAUUGCAAUAUCAGAAAGUCGAUAUAGUUGUGUAUUUUGUUUAUAUUUAGAUGAAAUAGCAUAACUUUAACUUAUGCCAGACUUUUAUAGCAAACCUUUAUGUAAACACCUCUAUAAUUAACGUGGAACCAGUAAUGGGGUGGUAUAGAAAAUAUCCUGUAAAAUUAGUAAUUAUCAUCAGUUUUUAAACGCUCGAAACCUUUUACCAUAAACAAGAGCCAUGGAGUUGCUUGAGGGGAAUUCCUAGUUGCAAUAUUUCCAUACAAACUCUCGCGACUGUUUCAUCCCUGGAUUUUAAACCUAGAGCAAUAAUUUUUCAAAUAAGAUCAAUAUCAUCAAUAUCUGUGCCGCUAUGUUUUGCGUUUUUGGAUUAGUACCUGGGCGACCGAGCUUUGCUCGGUUAUAACUAUUUAUUGUAAUAUGGUGGUCUAUAGGUGAUAAUCUUAACUACAUUUUUUUAGUAAAUUAAACUUGUCUAAAACAAUAAAAAUUAAAAAAUUGUAUAUAAACUUAAACAUAUAAAAAAAAAAGUUAGUCACCGGGCGAGAUUCGAACCCGUAACACUCGUUUAGCAGUCCGCGUCUUAACCCGCUGGACCAGACGGACAGUGGCCGGCAACACGAAAUUAGCGACCAUAUUCUGCGUCGAAAGACAAACGCAUGAAAACUCGAAAACACGCGUUUUCCCAAACAUAAGAAUAAUCUAGAUAGAUUGUAUACCCCCUAAAACCCCCAUAUACUAAAUUUCAGCGAAAUCGUUAGAGCCGUUUCCGAGAUCACAGAAAUAUAUAUAAAUAUAUAUACAAGAAUUGCUCGUUUAAAGGUAUAAGAUUUUAUUUUGAAGAAACUUACAGCGUUUCGUUAAUCUCAAAAACGGCUCAAACUAACUGGCUGCAAAAAAGGCGCAGUAUACAAAUAUGACAACAAAUAUCCAAAAAAUCAAGACAUAGUGGCAUAGAUUAUUUCUUUCUCUUGCAGUUUACAAAAUUUUAUAAUGAUUAGUUGCGUUGUGGAGGAGGAAACAAUCGAAAGCAAAACCUCGAUUUUCGAGUUUAUUUCGUGGGAAUUUUAGUCCGAGCUGCAGUUGUCCUUAUCGCACGCACGUACUCUCGCCCACCGCAGCGCGACAGAAACAGUUUCCGAAAAUUCGAGAUUUGAAAAGUUGCUCAGCUAGGAAUUUCUCUUAGUUUAUCGUUGAUUUUUGUUAGUUUUAAUAUUAAUGGCGCACUGAAAAAAAAGUUCUAUCGGGUAUACGUUAAAAGUGAUUUUCAUUAGGAUUAACUACUUUAUACAAUAUCAACAAAUGUUUGAAAAACAGUAAAAUACAAAAGAGUAACCUUAACUGUUUGAACAUUUCUAAGUUAAUAAUGAAAAUAAACGAACAGUCACUACAUUUCAGCCACUCAAAACAGUAAAAUUUAAUGUCUUUUCGGAACAGUAAAAUUUACUGUUUUGUUCGAUAGGCUCAUAUGUAUCUGUUUAAAGCAUUAAACGUUAAUGCAAUUUCAAUUGUUUUAAAUGAUUUUUUUAGUGCGCCAUACUGCCCAUGACUAGAAGAAACAUAUAGUUUUAAUUUGUCAAUAAUAUUGAAACCAAUUGCCGUAUCUUUCAUUUUCCGUAUAGCGUUAGUAAGUAAGUAAAUAUUCUUUAUUGUGCACCAUACAGUUAAAAAUAGACAGGAAAUGAAAAAAACACGUAAAAGUUAGGUAACAACAGGCGGUCUUAUCGCUAAGAAGCGAUCUCUUCCAGACAACCUUUUGGUAGCAGGAAACUAUGAACUAGACAUUUUACAGGUGUAGGAGGAAUAUCAAAAUACUAUAAAUUUCCUCUUAAAUGUCCCAUGAAUGGUGCCGUUAACAUAUGCUACAAAUCCACAAAACACGUAGACGUAAUAGGCAGUUCACGUUUUCAAAAUUUUCAACAAAAUUCUAAAGGUUGCAACACAAGCAUAAAUUGAUAUAUAUUUUGAAUAGUAUCUUCUGUAAUACCCAUUGAUUCUUUCAGUUAGUGAUUCGGCAUUCCUCGUUGUACCUAUAUAUCUAAAAUCCUGAUUAUAAUAUAUAAAUUUAAUAAAUCAUUGUAAAUUUUUGUGAUACGAGUAUUACUUUAUUAUGGAGUCUAAAUUACAUGACA